GAGGGAACGGAGGAAGCGGUCAUGUCUCGCUACACGAGGCCCCCCAACACCUCCCUGUUCGUCAGGAACGUCGCGGACGCCACCAGAAAAUCUAAAGCAGUCCACAGUAGCUGGCAAGCGCCCCUCAGUUUGAACCAACCUGUUAGCUAGAAUCCAAGCAUAAACCGAGCAGGCGAGACAAAAGGCACCUAAAGUUCAAGCAUCAAGGAGUAAAGAGGGAGGGUGGACACAGAUAUAAAGACCUGGAAGAGGGGAAGUCUUUAUCAAGCAAAAGACAAAGCCAACACCAGGUUGAGACUUCGGCUUUCCUACAUUUACUCAGAGUUCCAGAAUCAAAGCCAAGUCUGAUGUUGGUUCUGCGUGUCUUAUAAAGUCCAUCUUGCAAGCCCUAAAGAAUAAAGGUCAAGGUUCAAGAUCAAGUGACAUUGAGUGUCCUUAACAGCUAGUCAUAUUUGAAGAUGUUCGUGAUGCUGAAGAUGCUCUUUAUAACCUCAAUAGAAAGUGGGUAUGUGGCCGUCAGAUUGAAAUACAGUUUGCACAAGGUGAUCGCAAAACACCAGGCCAAAUGAAAUCAAAAGAACGUCACCCUUGUUCUCCAAGUGAUCAUAGGAGAUCAAGAAGCCCCAGCCAAAGGAGAACUCGAAGUAGAAGUUCUUCAUGGGGAAGAAAUAGGCGGCGGUCUGAUAGCCUUAAAGAGUCCCGACACAGGCGAUUUUCUUACAGCCAGUCUAAAUCUCGCUCCAAAUCACUACCAAGGCGAUCUACCUCAGCAAGGCAGUCAAGAACCCCAAGAAGGAAUUCUGGUUCUAGAGGACGGUCAAGGUCCAAGUCCUUGCAAAAAAGGUCCAAGUCGAUAGGAAAAUCACAAUCAAGCUCACCUCAAAAGCAGACUAGCUCAGGAACAAAAUCAAGAUCACAUGGAAGACAUUCUGACUCCAUAGCAAGAUCCCCAUGUAAAUCUCCCAAAGGGUUUACCAAUUCUGAAACUAAAGCACAAACAGCAAAACACUCUCAUUUUCGAUCACAUUCCAGAUCUCGGAGUUAUCGUCAUAAAAACAGUUGGUGAACAGCAACAGAAGAGUGCUACGUAGUAUUUAAUAUGUUAUUAAACCUCUCAUUAUGUUAAAUAAAAAUUCUUCAAGGCUUACAGAAAAAUUUUGAAAUUCA